GGGCCUCAGUACUGGCGCUUCACCAAUGAUAUAAUGGAUGUUGGCUAUCCUAAGUUGAUUCUAAAAGGAUUUGGAGGACUGAAUGGGAAAAUCAUGGGAGCUCUUUCUGUGGCUCCGUACAGAAGGAGGCCGGAAUCUGUAUAUUUUUUUAAAGAAGGUGGCAAUGUUCAACAAUAUACCUACAAACAAAAACCAAAGAAAUGCAAGAAGAAAGUUAUAACUGUGAAAUAUCCAGUUUAUAAGCCAAGGACUUUGGUUCUGAGACAGCGGCGCUUUGGACGUGCAGUAAAAUCUCGUCAGAUCUUCCGAAACACCCGAAUCAGGCAUUACCCCGUUGCUCGGAUCACCCAUCGUUCAACAGGAAUACUGCAGCCAGAGGUUAAAAUUACAUCAUAUUGGAGAGGAUUUCCAAAAGAAUUUAAUUCUGUUAUAUCUGUCCCUAAUGAGGAGAAGGUGGAUGGAUAUGAUUACUAUGCAUUCGCUAAAGAUAACUACUACAGCUUGAAUGUGGGCAGCAGAAUAGCAAGACCAGUUACAACAGAAACUGGGCAGACUGUGUCCAACGCUUGGUACAAGUGCCCUGCACAGUAA